AUGGGAGCGGGGACCGGGACCGGGACCGGGAUCGGGAUCGGGACCGGGGCGGGAGGAGCCGCCGGGGCGCUGGGCGCUGCCGUGGCCGCUCUGUACGCGGCCACACUGCCGCCCGCCCUGCCCGGCGGGGAUGCGGGGGAGCUGAUCACAGCCGCAUAUGAGCUUGGAGUCGCCCACCCUCCCGGCUACCCCCUGUUCACCCUGCUGGCCAAAGUGGCGAUGGGGCUCCUGCCCGGCGGCUCCCCCGCCUCCCGAGUCAACCUCCUCUGCGGCUUCUUGGGAGCAGCUGCCGCCUCUUUGCUUUUUUACACGGUUUUCAGGCUUUCUGGCUCAUAUGCUGGAGGAAUCCUUGCUGCGGGGGUGUUUUCAUUUUCUCGUCUAACAUGGCAGUGGUCCAUCACGGCGGAGGUUUUCAGCUUAAACAAUCUGUUUGUGGGGCUGCUGAUGGCUCUCACUGCUCAUUUUGAGGAGGCAUCCACUGCAAAAGAGAGAUCAAAGAUCUCUAAGCUUGGUGCCUUUUGCUGUGGGCUCAGUCUGUGCAAUCAGCACACGAUAGUGCUUUACAUCGCUUGUAUCGUGCCUUGGGUUCUCGCCCGGCUCUUCAGAAACUCGGAAUUGUCCCCAGGCCAUUUGCUGAAGUUGGGUUUAUGCUUCUUGGCUGGUUUGCUGCCUUAUCUCUAUCUGCCGGCUUCGUCCUACCUCAGUCGAGCCCGUUGGACAUGGGGAGACCAGACGACUCUUCAAGGAUUUUUGACCCACUUUCUCAGGGAAGAAUAUGGGACAUUCAAUCUGGCCAAGUCCGAGACAGGAUCCAGUAUGAGAGAGAUGCUGCUUUUCCAGCUGGCGCAGAUGAAGUCGGAGCUCUCCCUUCCCGUCCUUGCCCUGGCACUUGUGGCCUGUGUGAGCACAGCACUGCUGACAAGGCAGCAGAAAUCAGCUGUGAUCUGGCUCUUCACUGGAAUGCUUUGCCUUUAUUCCCUUUUCUUCGCUUGGAGAGCAAACUUGGAUGUUACAAAGCCUCUGUUUCUAGGCGUGGUGGAGCGGUUCUGGCUGCAGAGCAGUGCUGUGGUGGCUGUGCUGGCAGGGCUGGGCUUGGCAACCCUCACCUCCCUCGGGAACACCGUGCUGGAGGGCAGCCGGGUGCUGCCCUGGCUGGAGUGGCUCUCUGCCCUUGCUCUUGUUGCUUCUCAAGUUUGGACAAAUUACAGUGCUUGUGAUCAGAGCAACAACUAUGUUGUUGACAAGUUUGCAAGGAAUCUGCUGUCCUCUAUGCCCAUGGGUGCAGUGAUCCUGCUGAGAGGAGACUUACCCGGGAAUGCUCUUCGUUACCUUCAUUACUGCGAAGGGAUGAGGCCAGAUAUCACCUUAGUGGACCAGGAGAUGAUGACUUAUGAAUGGUAUUUACCCAAGCUGGCAAAGCAUUUACCUGGCGUUUAUUUUCCUGGGCACCGGUGGAAUCCUGUGGAAGGAGUAUUACCCGACGGGACACUUGCUUUUAAUCUCCAUCGUUUCCUCAAAGUAAAUAAACAUAAGGAGGUGUUUGUCUGCAUAGGUCUUCAUGAAGGUGACUCGACCUGGAGAAGGAGCCAUUCACUCUGGCCCUGGGGGACGUGUGAGAAGUUGGUUCCUUCCAAUGUUGUGUUUGACCCAGGAGAGUGGAUUCGUCUCACCAGGAAUCUCUAUAACUGGACUGAAGACUAUGGCAGUUUCAGUCCCUCUUCCUGGGAAGCUGUUGCCAACGAGGAGAUGUGGCAAGCCAGGAUGAAAACAGCUUUCUUUAUAUUCGACCUUGCGGAGAGUGCCAGUGUGACUGCAGAAAUGAAAUCACAACUUUACACAUUUGCAUACAACUCAUACAAAGAAAUUGUCAACUCUCAUCCCAAUCACCCGGUGAACUGGCACAAAAACUACGCCAUCGCCUGCGAGAGGAUGUUGCGUCUCCGUCGGGGGGACGUGGAUCCUGAAACGUUGCUCUCUGAAACUGUGAAACAUUUCCUGCUGUACACCGAGAAAGCAGAGGAUGAUCCCCAGCGCCAGGACAUCCUGCAGGCUGUGAAGCACCUGGAGAAAGAGCUGCAGGGGCUGAGGAAAAGGAAAGCAGACCUGAGGCGGGGAGCUGGGUAGCGCCCGGUCCCCCACCCACCUGCUUGAGGGCUGGAAGUUUGAAGUCAAGGCUUAACAUCUGAGUUAGUCCUUGACAAGGUGAGAAUGGUUUUAAAAGGUGACAGAACUGGCAGCAGAGAGGAAAUCAAGUGUGCAGGAACAUGCUGAUGUUUGGUCUUUGAUUGCUGUUGCCAAAUGAACUUCGGGGGUUCAGGGGGGGAGAUUCAUCACUAAAAAAAAUACUGGGUUUCAAAAAGGAAAAUUUUUCUUCUUAAAGGAACCUGUGAUUCUGUUGUACUAUGAACAUUUAUCUUUUUUUUUAAUGAGUGCAGCAUCCUUUAUAGAUGUAAAAAUGUACUUAGCAUUUAAUUGUUUCCUCUGUUACUGAGCCAAGAGGUUUUCUACAGCCA